AUAAGCUUAAAUGUCAGAAAUAAUUGUGAUGUUAAAAUCAGAGAGUGGUUUAAAUAGAAUGUCUAUUCUCUCUACUUAAUCAUUUUAAGAGUUCCUAAAUAAAGUUGGUUAAAUAUUGAAUAAACCUCCUGAAUCAUUAUAAAUAUUUUUAGAUGGAGUGUUACUUACUUCCAAAAUAUCACCCACUUUGCCAAUGAAAAACGUACCCAAAUUUUAGUAAUUAAUAAUGAGAUAUUUUAAGAGAUGGAAUCUUUAUUAGUGUAUGUGUAGACUUAAAGAAAGUUCAAUCAAAACCAUAAUAAAUAAAAACACCAGAGCAAUCAAAAGUUUAUUCGGCAUGGGGAAGAGUAGCUAAUACAUAAUAACUUUAAUAAGUAGAUCAUAAAAUUCAUGAAAACAAAGACCAGUAUAAAAUAAAUAUCUAAUAAUGAUAGUGCUUUAAGUUAAUUUUGUUAACAUGGCCCUUAAGCAAAAUGCAUAAAUUGUUUAUCUUAAUCAUCAAGUAAAAUAGAACAAUAAGAGAAACCAGAAGUUAAUAAAUGUAAACAUGGAGAAGGUGGUCGUUGUUUGAAUUGUGCUCCAUAUGAAUAAGAAAAGAAGAAUACAAAAACAGUGAAUAAAAUAUUAUGUUAACAUGGACCAAAUGGAAAAUGUCCUCAUUGUAUUGAUGAAGGUUAAAUAGAAGCUAAACAUCUUUCAUUUGAUUAAUAUUUGCAUGAUAUGAAAUUUAAGUGUCGUGGUUAACAUCCAGAUAAUGGAAGAUGUAAUAAUUGUCUUCCUCCAACAAUGGUAAUUUAUAUAUAAUAAAUAAUAGAUAUCAUAUAAAGUUAAAAAAGAUUGUAAAAAUCAUGCUCCAUAUCCAAAGGCAAUGUGUAAUAAUUGUUUACCACCAUCAAUUCUAUUAAAGAGAUAAGCAUAUAGACAUGUAGAUUAUGUUGAAUUCCUUAAUAUUCCAGAGAUGUCAAGUUUAGUUUAAUAUUGGACAAGUAAAGGUAAAACAGAAUAACGAAUGGGAUUUUUAUAUGGAUAUUAUGCUGCAGAUCCAAAUUAUUAAAAUGGAGUUAGAGCAAUAGUAGAAGCUAUUUAUGAACCACCUUAAAAAGGAUCAUUUGGUCAUGUUGAUCUUAUAGAGGAUCCAGCUUAAAAACAUGCAGAUGAGAUAACUAUAAGUUUAGGAAUGGAAAAAAUUGGAUGGAUUUUUACAAAUGUUAAUCAUGAUUGUUUUUUAUCAAGUGAAGAAUUAAGAUAAGCUGCAAAAUAUUAAUAAGCUCAUUCAGUCAAACAUCCAGAAGGUUGUUUAGUGAGUAAAUUCUUAACUGUAGUAUUAAGAAGUAAAAAUAUUCUAUAAAUUAAUUUUAGCUAAAAAAGAUAAUCCUGAUGAAGUUGUUCCAGAAGUUUAUAUGGUUUCUGAUUAAGGAUAAUAGUUGGAGUAUGAUGGAAUAUUUAAGAAUUCAGAAAGAAGAAAAGUUUUAUAGGUUAGAGAUGCUAAAGAUGAAUUUGAUAUGUUACCCUCUUUUGUUUAUAAUGGUAAAUCUGUUAAAGAAUUUGAACCAGAUUUCUUUAUAGUGAAUGUAAAAUUAAUAUAAAUACAUUAAGGUUGCACAUGGUUAUAAUCCAAAUUCAAAUUAUAGUAUUUUAAAGUUGUAUGAUUUCCCUGUUGAAAAUAGAACUGUUAUUGCUAAAUAGUAGGAUCUUAAGACAUUCUUACAUAAACAUUAAAAAAAACCAAGUCAUCAUCGAUUUGCAGAUUUUCAUUUAUUAUUAUAUUUGACCAAAUUGAUAGACAUUCAUGUAGUUAUUUUAUAAAUUUUAGAGUGCUGCAAAUAUAGCUUAGUUUAUAGCAAAUGAAUGUGAAAUAACAAAAGAAUUACUGGAUAUUGUUAAAAUGUAUGCAACAGGUGUUUGAGAUAAUAUAAAAAUU